CCAGAUCCCUCCCAUUACAGGGCCGGACCUCACUGUACAAAACGGAUCAAUUUAAUAUUAAUGAAGUCGAGUAUUGGCUCAUAUUCGCGUCAAUCCCAGAGCGCGACUUCUGUAGGCUGGCUGACUUCCUUCAAUAUUAUUUCUAGGGAGCAGGGUAAAUGUGAAAAUGUUGCCGAUCCACAACACUGGGACGGACUGAAUGGAGGCAAGGUUGACAGGGAGCGGAAAUAAUAAAUCCGUCUACAGUCAACCGCAAGGCACAACACACAGAGCGGCUUGUUGAGUUCUCCGUAAACGUCCAGCCCUCGGCCUCCCCAUGCCUCCAUCUCCUCUUGACGACAGAAUUGUGGUGGCGCUGCCAAGGCCGAUCCGACCUCAGGAACUCCGACUGCGCCUGGACACCAGCUACCUGGACUCCAUCACCAGCAGCAGCAGCAGCAAGACGGUUGUGAGCACCACCGUGGUGAAGAUCCGGGCGACGACCAAUCUCGUAACGUAUAUGCCCUCAUCCAACGGCUCCACGCGCUCAUUGUCGUGUGGAUGCAGCAGUGCCAGCUGCUGCUCUGUGAGUACCUAUGAGAAGGACGGCCAGACCCACAGCCAUAGCCAGGUGAGCGCCAGCAGCCCCAAUCUCAGCUAUGCUGGGCCUUCUACCCCGAUGGUCACCAACCACGAAGCAUUAAGCGCCCCCAGUCUCACCACCGGUCCACCCAAGGCUCCGUCCACAAUACGGGUAAUCCACCCCAAUGAGCUGGCCAAGCGGAUGACCUGCUGCCCCAUGGGCCAUCCCAUGGGGCCCGUGCCGGUCAUCAUCGACUGCCGGCCCUUCAUGGAGUACAACAAGAGCCACAUCCGGGGGGCCGUGCACAUCAACUGCUCAGACAAGAUCAGCCGGCGGCGGCUGCAGCAGGGCAAGAUCACCGUGCUGGACCUCAUCUCCUGCCGCGAGGGCAAGGACUCCUUUAAGGGCAUUUUCUCCAAAGAGAUUGUGGUUUAUGAUGAGAGCACCACAGAUCCCGCCAGGGUGACGCCCUCCCAGCCGCUGCAUGUUGUCCUGGAGUCACUGAGGAGGGAGGGCAAGGACCCCAUCGUCCUCAAAGGAGGCCUUAGCUGCUUCAGGCAGAGCCACGAGAACCUGUGUGACCACUCCCUGCACCUCCACGAGGGUUUGGACACCGGUGCAGCUGCCGGCCUGUCAGGGGCGCUACCUCACUCCCUGCCCUCCACCCCGGACAUAGAAAAUGCCGAGCUGACGCCGAUCCUGCCCUUCCUCUACCUGGGGAACGAGCACGACGCUCAGGACGCCAACCUGCUGCAGCGCAUGAACAUUGGCUACAUCCUGAACGUCACCACCCACCUGCCGCUCUACCACUACGACACGGGCCUCUUCAGCUACAAGCGGCUGCCCGCCACCGACAGCAACAAGCAGAACCUGCGCCAGUACUUUGAGGAGGCGUUUGAAUUCAUUGAGGAAGCACACCAAGCGGGUAUGGGCCUCCUGAUCCACUGCCAGGCAGGCGUGUCGCGCUCAGCCACCAUCGUCAUCGCUUACCUGAUGAAGCACACCUGGAUGACCAUGACAGACGCCUACAAGUUUGUCAAAGCCAGGAGGCCCAUCAUCUCCCCAAACCUUAACUUCAUGGGUCAGCUGUUGGAGUUUGAGGAGGACCUCAACAACGGCAUCACGCCACGCAUCCUCACGCCAAAGCUCAUCGGUGUGGAGACUGUUGUCUAAAUAAAGCCCCCCCCCCGCGCUCGCGCUUGUACUCACUCUCACUGUUUUUUAAGAGAGGCUGGCUGCUCUAUGGGCUGCUUUGGAGCGUAAGGGAGCGGCUUCGUUCGAGAGCCCCUCUUGCUCAUCUUGGACUCUCUGGAGUGCCAAAGCUCUGGGUCAGCGGUGACGAGAAAUGCCAAAAAUCCCUGCUGUGUGGACCUGGCUGAUGUCCCGGAGGAGAAGACGAGUUAGAGAGAGAGCGAGAGAAGUGGUCAGUGGGAAGCUGUCCAUGCAUGACCACAGAGGAGCGAAUAUGAGGGAAGGAAAAUAGAUUAACUGUUUGGAAAACAAGAUAUUCUAUGGGCUUAGGGCAGUUGCCGGCAAGAGAAACUCUUUAAGCUCACACUGUGGCACACAGUUUCUGUUUGCAGACUCAGGCUGGGCUGGUCACGGCAGUGCCUGUCAAAAAAAAAAAAAAAAAAGAUGAAGACUUGUUUGGUGUGUUAAUGUUGUUCUAUUUUUAUACAUGGGUUUAUGGGGGUGACCAUGACAAGCCCAGAGUGGCUUACUGUGCAAUAAUUUCAGAGUGGAAUGCAACUGAGAGCUUGAUCUUAUAUGUAUAUAUUGGUAAUGAUUAUAAAACAGUUUCUAGCUCUUUGCUGAAAUACCAUUUUGAUGUUACUGUAAUUACUGUUGUUCUGUUCUAUGAUUUUAUGUUUAUGGUGCAUACAGUUAUGCUGUAAUAUUUGGCACGGGAAGUGUAUAAGACGGGAGAAAAAAUGGGGUUUUUAGUUUUUUUUUUUGAGCACUGCUUAUGGCUUUAUAUAUGUCAUCUGUGGGUUGGUUUCAAAAAUACACAGAACCACAGAUUCACAUUUUUGUCUGUUUCUUUGUUUUCCAUUCCUGUGUCCUUUCACAUAUGCAUAUACUUUAGCAAUACAUUUUUUUUUUUUUUUAUCAGACAGCCAUAAUAGCGUUGUUAUUCAUGAUUGCUGGCAGAGGAAGGAACACUUGGAAAUAGUUGGUAUUGUUAUAUAGGGCUACUGGUAAUGGAGGAAUUUCACUGCCUGCUUGUCUCCUCUGCUCUUUUUGCCUCAGUUAAUCCAUAAUAAGCCAGCCCUCUUGUAAUGUGCUCCACUGUGUUUGCUGUAGUUGUCCCUAUGUAGUUUCAUAUAUAUUUGGCAAUGCUCUGAGUGCUGAGCUACGAUUUACUCCACUCUACAGUAGCAGGGGCUCUGAGCUGAGAUCCUGGCUUCAAACAUCACACACUUCCUGAGGUCACAGUUUAACGUCACUCUGGCAGUACAGUACUGUAACCCUUCUCUAAUCUUUUGAAACUCCCUGUCCCUGACACUAAGCUAAAGUUAAGUGGGCUCUUCUGCCUUGUGUAGGCAAGCGCUGCUGUCACGUGCUGUUCUAGUGCCUCUAUCAAUGCCUUAAUUCAUGUGUCACCACUGGGCCUGCGCAUGGUAGCCCAUCACGUGCAGACUAAUGCAGACCACACCGGGGUCACACUAGCCCCUGGACAAACAGCAACCCCCUUCCUUGGUCUCUGUGUAUCAUACAAAUAAACAACAAUAAAAAUGCCAUUUUGCACAGCCUGACCCAACACAACAAAGAUAGCUUCUUGCUUCUGAGAACGCUGUGCAGAAUUUCAGAAAGUUGCAUUCAAAGAUACCUCAAGGCCUCAAGGAAAAGAAAAAAAAAAAAAUUAUUAUGUAAUUGUGGUCUUGUGAUGGCAUUUGAAGGAGAAACUGAACACCACAGUGAAUUGUAAACCAACUUUGCACAAAUAGUAGUUUAGUAGAGGGUACAUGCAGGUAACAAAAGUAUACCCUAAUUUCUCUUAUAUGAAUAUACUCACCGUGCAACAAACAUAUGUAGAUACAUAUGGAGAAGCAGAGCCAAGUGGGGAGAAUAAGUUACAACAUACAGUGAGGCACAUACCUGCACCCCCCCCCCCCCCCCUCAAUUGUUCCAGCCCUCCAUUCCUAAGAAAACCACUCAUUUGUUUUUAUUUUUAAUCCCUGGUGAUGAAAAUUGUAACACCCAGUAUGUAUUUUACCUCUCAUUUUUCAUACAUUUGUCUGUCUCCAUUGUUGACAGUCUGUGAACUUGACCAGAAACUAUAUAAUGCCAAUCGGCAUAAAAAGGUGACUUGUAGCAUUGCUAGUCUUUUAACUGUACCCUUCAACUGUUACCCAGAUGGGAUUUAUGCAUUUUGAGGCUGAGUCCCGGUGCACUCACUUUCUCAGCAGCACUAGACUCACCUGUUCAGCAACCCUGUUACCACUCAGCACACAGUAUGAAGACCUCUUGCUGUUAUGACUGUGUGCAUGACCAUAAACUGAGCAUUUAAAUAUCACAAACAAUGUGUCUUUUUAUAAAUGAGCGAAACCCUGUCAAAUUUCCAGGAACUAAAAAAAAAAGAAGCAGCCUUGUGUUUAGCUUGACCACCAUGGAUUUUUGACUUUACCUAAUUGGUUCUGAAAAGAUUUUAUAAACCCAAAGUUUGGAGCAUUCUCUCAACCUGUAAGGGAGCACGGACUCCUUGCACUGUCCCAAAAAUUGGAGUUUUGAGGUUUUCACCUGAUAUCAAUAUUAAAUUAACCAUCACAUGAGUACAUGUAGUUUUAAACUACACACGGAGCUUAGUUGAAGCAGCUUCCUCAUUAAUUAUGAUAUGUUGAUGUUCAGCUUUGGAUCAUUGUUUGCAUGAAAUUGAAGCAAAAGUAUAAAGGAAGCACAGGGCUAACAUUUAGAACUGUCAAAACACCAAAAUGUAUCCAAGAAGGUAACCUUUUUUAAAAUAUGCUUUGCACGUGCAAUCAUGACAUCUGUCCUGCAGUGCACUCGUCUCAAGCUGUUAUAUCGUUAAAAGAGGAGUUGCUACUGAAACCAUUUUUUUUUAAAACGAUCACAAAUAUUUGCAAAGGGAGAGUGAAAUGAAUGAGAAUGCAAGGGGAAGGAGUUUUCACAGCUUAGUGAACACAAAUAUAGAAUCUAGUCACUUAGGCUUUACAACACCAGUGUUUAAAAAAAAAAAAAAAAAACA